AUGACGACGACCAACGCGCCCGAUAGUGGUUUUAUGUUGUUUGACUCGGUGAGCAAUUCAGAGGAGGAUCUGUGGGGCAUCCAUACGAAUACGAAUAAGAAGAAGAACGGUAACGAUAAGAUGGCUCUACUGGGUGAAGAAGAAGAGGACGAUGAUGACGUUGGCACGGAGAGUCUAUCAUCGUCAGAAGAAGAAGAAGAAGACGAAGAGACGGACAGUGAAGAUGAACACGACAGUGACGAGGAUGAAGAGAGUGACGAUGAGGAUGAUGAUAGUUCGGACUCUUCCUCGUUGGGCAGUACGAUUGAACGCAUGGAAGCCGAAGCCGCUGCCAACGGACGUCCACCUCCUCGUUCGUCCAUGGUCAUGCUGGGAUUGGGAAAUCGAGCCAUGAGCAGUCGAUCCAUUGGAUCGUCGUCCGGUACGAUCACUGCCGAACCACGGCCUCGUGGGAUGCGUCGCAAUCAAAAGUCGGCUCCCAAUCUGUUGGAGCUCGAUAUUCCCGUGGCCGCCGCCAUGGUCAGCACUCCCCAACAAAAAGAUUCCCUGCGUUCCUUCAUGGCACGCAUGAACAGUGCCCAGCUCAUUAUGCAGCACGACGCCGACGCGCACACAGUCGCCGAGACUCCUGUCGUCAAGCCAACGACACCUCAGCAAGACGAACCUGAUACUACUGCCCUCAUCAAUGACGGCAGCAACAGUACCCGUUCCAAAGUCCGCAAAUCCCGGAGUGCCAAUGCGUUGGGGGACAUGUUAAAAACCGAACGCAGCAGUCGCGACAAGAACAGUCCCACACGCAUGCUCGAACAAUUGUGGGAACAAGUCAUUUUGGUCGAGAGCAGUACCACCACCGAGUUGACCGUCGCCACCGAUCACGAUGACACCAAUGCCCCUGUCGCAAAGAAACCACACGCCCGCAUGAAAGAUUGGAUUCCACCGGCGUUUUGGGAUACGUAUUUUGAUCUCAUUACCGAACAACGGAUUGACGCCUACACACGGCCCAUUGUCACGGCCAUGCGGGCAUUGGAUCUGACGACGAUCAAACAGAUUGUGGCAGAACAUGGCCCGCAAGUGAUGAAUGCGUGCAACCGACAAGGCGAAUCGUUGAUGCAUUUGGCAUUCCGACGCGGCAAUGUCGAUAUUAUCAAUUACAUGUUGCACGACGUCAAAGCAUCCUUGACGGUCCGCGACGAUUGGAAUAAAACGCCACUCCAUGAUUUGUGUUGGUAUACCAAAACCAAUUUGGAAAAUCAUGGCGCUCGUGCGUGGCAAUGCAUUGUCUUGCAUGUGAUGCAACAUGCUCCGGCACUCUUUUUUGCCCGGGAUCGACGAGGAUUUUUGCCACUGCAAUAUGUUCCACAAGAGUGUUUUGGGGAUUGGUGUAAAUUUCUGGACGACAAUAAUGCACUGCUCAAGUGGAGGAUUGAUUAUUUGGAUUUUCAACGCAUUCGAUUCCGAUUGCAGAAAACAUUGACGCGUGCCAAGGAUCAAAUCAAACGACAAGAAGAACGACAACAACAUCGACGUCAACAAGCUGUGGAAGAGCAAAUGACACCAACGACAACAACAACAAAGGAGGGGUAA